CUGCCAUGGAAUGCAGCUCUGAUGAGUCGGAGAUAAGUGAUGCGGAUAUCGAUGACUAUGUCGACAAAUCCUACAUGGACCUGAAGUCUGGCAAGAACGUGGUGAGGCUAGGCAAUGAGAAGUUCAGAUGCCCGUUCUGUCUGGGGAAGAAGAAGCAGGACUACCGUUACAACGAGCUACUUCAGCAUGCCGUCGGGGUGGGCGCAUCCAAUCGUGCUCCAAAGGUCAGGGCAAACCACAUGGCCUUGGCCAAUCUUCUCAAGAAUGAUUACACUGAUGCAGCAGGCUCAUUGCCGUCACAACAAGUCGUUGCACCAAGUAAUCCUCCAAGGCCAUUGCCAGAUCAGGAAGUAUAUGUUUGGCCCUGGAUGGGCAUCCUCGCAAAUGUUCCAGCUGAGCAAACGGAGGGGGAUGGAGCCAGUCUGAUGCAGCAGCUAGCUGAUUUCAAUCCAUUGCACUUUACUUCUGUGUAUUGCUCCGAGGGUAGGUAUACUGGUUAUGCAGUUGUCCGUUUCAGCAAAGAUUGGAUUGGGUUCAAAAACGCCUUGGCAUUCCAGAACUAUUUCAAAUCACAACAUUCGGGUAAAACGGAUUGGAUUGCACAUGGACAAGAGAAGUACAUCUUUGGAUGGCUGGCCAAAGAAGAGGAUUACAAAUCUGGUGAUGCAGUUGGUAGGUUUUUGUCGGCGAACGGUGAUCUGAAGACUGUGUCUGAUCUGGAACAGGACCUGUCCCGCAAGACCGAGACUCUCAUAGCUAGUUUGUCACACCAGAUUACAGCUAAGAGCAAGUAUUUAGUGGAACUGGAAUGCAAAUACAAUCAAAUGAAUCUCUCGGUUAAAAGGGCAAUGGAAGAAACUGACCUACUGCACAAACGUUACAAUGAAGAAAUGCGAAACAUGCAGUCUGCUGCUCGUGAACAUUCUCAGAGAAUUUUUCAAGAGACUGAUCAGCUGAGAAAACAGUUGGAUGAUAAAGAGUCUGCCAUUGAGAGGAGAUCCAAACAACUAAGCAAGUUUGUUGCUCAAACUGACAUGGAAAGAAGAAAACUGGAGAGUGAGAUGAAAAAGAAUUCUGAGCAAAAUGAUUCCCUCCACAUGGCUAGAAUCGAGCAACAGAAGUCUGAUAAAAGUGUGCUAAAGCUUGUUGAGAAGCACAAGAAAGAAAAGGAGAUUGCUCUGAGCAAAAUCCUGCAGUUAGAAAAGCAGUUGGAUGAAAAACAACAGCUGGAACUGGAAAUACAACAACUUAGAGGAAGAUUGCGGGUGGUCCAACACAUGGAGGGGGAGGGUGUUGAUGUGAAGAAACUCACUGAGGAGCUGACUGAGGAACUAAAUGAGAAAAUUGAGGAGAUGGAAGAUAUGGAAGCUCUGAAUCAAGCACUCAUUAUUAAAGAAAGAGAGACCAAUGAUGAACUGCAAGAGGCUAAGAAAGAGCUGAUUUCGGGCUUGUCAGACUUGUUAGGCCCUCGUAGCAAUAUCGGAAUCAAGAGAAUGGGCGAGCUGGACGAGAGGCCCUUCCUUACCGCUUGCAAGCAAAGGUACGGUGCUGACGAAGCUGUAAUGAAAGCUGCUCAAAUUUGCUCCAAGUGGCAAGAGAAUCUGAAAGAUGCCAAUUGGCACCCAUUCAAGAUUGUUACCAUAGGAGGAAAGACCGAGCAAAUCAUCAACGAAGAUGAUGAGAAGCUCGUGGGCUUGAAGGAGGAGCUCGGCGACGAGGUCCACAGUGCCGUGAUCACCGCGCUGCUGGAGAUCAACGAGUACAAUGCGAGCGGCAGCUAUGUGGUGUCUGAGCUGUGGAACAACAAGGAGAACAGGAAGGCCAGCAUGCAGGAGGCCUUGCAGCACGUCCUGAAGCAGUGGAAGCUUCACAGGCGCAAAAGAUGAAGCGUGCCUCUCGAAUUGGAAUGAGCUGUUGCUCUCAGUUAUUUUUUGGAAGGGAUUUUGUUGGCUUAGCAGCUGGAGGAUUUAUCUUUUGUGUGACUCUGGUCUUUUACUCUGAUUGAAAUUGCUGGGAUAAACUUGCAUUAAGUUCGUAGACUACAUUCUGAUAUGAUUUAUUACAUUAUGGCGGAAUUGUUCUACAUUCUAUUAUGCCAGAAUUGAGCUACAUUACAUUAUGGCAGACAGUUUCUUUUUGGGAUGAUAAU